GAUUUCUCAUAAAAAGUAAACAUAGUCUCUCCUGUUACUUUAUAUUACAAAAUUAAAAUACAUAUCUUGUUAACUAGUUAUUAUGGAAGGAAUAAAAGAAGAAGCCAUACACCACACAGCUCUGAAAUUAGCAGAAGAAAUAAAAAAUCUGUCCAUAUAUAAAUCAUUUUAUAGCGAUAUUCAGAAAUUAGUUUCAUCUCCAAACGUAAAAAAAGAAGAUUUUAAGCAAACUUUACAACAAGCUAUGAAAGAAAAAGGUUUAGAUACGAAACUUAGAAACACUGUAUUCCACUGGGUACGAACACAGAGCAAACAAGGUAAAUUAGACCCACUAACAUCGUUACUAAAAGCAAGUGCACAGUGGGAAAAAAGAAUUCACAAAUCUCUAAAUUCAAUGUGCUCAGAUCUUGAGACUUCAUUAGCAAAAAUUAGAGUACAAAGUGAACAAGAAGAAUUAGCUGAAAAAUGGAAUGAACUUAGUACUUGUAAUCUAGAUUUAUCAAAAUACAGACCAGUAUAUGCACCGAAAGAUUUUUUGGAAGUAUUGUUAACAUUAUCUGGAUACGUACCUUAUACAAGAGAAGACGAACCCAAAUGGGAGUUUGCGCAUUUACCCUUACAAGUCAAAACAUUAGAUCAGUUGCGUAAAUUAUAUGUGGAAUGGUCUAACGGCGAGCCGUUACUAGGCGUGAAUCCAAAUAUGCCCAGUACUGUGCCAGGUUUUGCAACCCUGGAGGCGGAGCGUAUAGGCCUGGGUGAAAGAGUAGCAGCACUCGGAUACGCCCCAGUUAUACAGGAAUACCUAAAAAAGGGAAGUCCACAGUGUUUGCGAGCAAAACUUUGGUCACAAGUGCUCGGCGCCGAUGUUAAAUCACAGCAAAUAACAUACUUCAAUCAACUGAAGAAAAGUGUAUUGGAAGUUGAUUUGAUGAUAGACAAAUUAAUAUUCAAAGAUGUACAGCUGACCGCCUCUAAUGACGACCAAUAUUUUGUUUUUGAAGAUAUGCUCUAUCAGGUUAUGUUAUGUUUCUCGAGGGACUGUGAAGUAAUGCAAAGUCUGAAAGGGAGCAUUGGCAAUCCACUGACUGUCACGAUAAAGGGCAAGCAGACGUCGGCGGACAGCGUUACUGUGUUCCCACCCAGUGGCAUUAUCCCCUUCCACGGCUUUACCAUGUAUGCAACACCCUUCUGCUACCUAUAUGACGACCCGGCUCAAUUGUACUAUACUUUCCGAGCGUUCUAUAUACGGUAUUGGCACCGUCUACACUAUAUCUCCACACAUCCACAGGGUAUCGUUUCUUUGUGUCUGCUGUAUGAGAGACUAUUAGAAGCGAACGAGCCUUUAUUGUGGAUUCACUUUAGAAACAUUAAUAUCAAUCCUAUUCGAGUAGUAUUCAAAUGGCUGAUGAGGGCGUUCAGCGGACACCUACCUCCGGAUCAGUUGCUGUUACUAUGGGACGCGAUCCUCGGUUACGAUUGUCUAGAAAUUCUACCACUAUUGGCUCUGGCGAUACUCAGCUUCAGAAAGGAGAAUAUCUUUCAAGUGAACACGCUGCAAAACGUGGACGCUGUUUUGGCGGACUUAUCUACUAUAUCUGUUAUACCGUUACUACAGUUGGCGUUAAUGAAAGCAUAGUUUAGCCUUGAUAUUAGAUUCAGUUCUUAAUACAUCAAUGGUACACAGAGAUGGGUAAUGAUUGACAAUACGUAGUUACUGUAGGUACGUAACUAAGUAAAUAUAAUACAGUAGACAGAGUAUGUAAAAAACCCCAAAGCUUUGUAGAUUAAUAGCUUGUAUAUUUCCCCAAUAAAAAUUGGAUUGACACGUUCAGUAAAAAGUGAAAUAAUAAUGUAUAAUUUCAAAAGUGAAUCAACUAAUUUCGUCGUCAACUGUACUUUUGGCGUGAAUUUACAGGGUACAGAGGAAUAACAUCUGAGUCCUCAGGAAUGGCAACGCAUGGGGGGUAUCAUGGGCGAAACAGUAUACUCUGUUAUGUCCAUAUUACUGCUCAUGUCUAUAGGCGACGUUUACCACUUUCUAUCAGGUGGACCGUCAGCUUGUUUGCCAUUCUAAGUUGUAUAAAAAAAAAACUUAUUUUUUUUUUAUUUUCAUCAUAUCUGAUUAUAAACAAAGCAACAGUACUAAUAUUUAAGAACAAGGUACUAAUUUAUUAAAUUAUUGCUAUAUUUUGAUACACGCAGAAUAAAUGUUUAUUUUUACAUAUUAUUAUGUAUUUUGUACCGAUGUAAAUAUAUAAAUAAAUAAGCAAAGAUAAUUGGACGCACAGAUUUUGAGUCCGCCAUAUUGAUUCACAUUCACAUGUAAUAUAACAGUUUAAAAUCGACAAGAGCGCGAGUUUUGAAAUAUCCAUUUAUAUCGCGUUUGUAAAACUCUGGUUGGACA